AUGGGCGCUGGACAAUCUUCGGGUGGUGGCGGUGCUGCAGCAGCUGCUUCGCAAGAGGUGAAGACUAGUUACUACGACCUCUUAGGCGUCGCCCGUCAAGCCACCGAAGAGGAGAUCAAAAAGGCCUAUCGAAGGAAAGCGCUCGAACUACAUCCCGAUCGUAAUUUCGGCGACGAAGAGGCAGCAACCAAGACGUUCGCCGAGGUUCAAGCUGCAUAUGAAGUCCUCUCUGAUCCUCAGGAGCGAGCUUGGUACGAUAGUCACGAGUCCGCCAUCUUACGUGGCGAUGAUCCCGCCGAUGGUGCUGCUCCUUCGUACGAUGAUGUCAAGAUCACCACGGCAGAUGAUCUAGCCCGCUUGGUGAGGAAGUUCAAUAGCAAUGUUGAAUUCUCCGAUUCUCCUUCAGGUUUCUUUGGUUUCGUUCGGGACACUUUUGACCAACUUGCAAAAGAAGAAGAAGCCGCCGCGAACUGGGAAAACGUAGAAGCCAAUGAAUAUCCUACUUUUGGUCACAAGGACGAUGACUACAGUGACGUUGUGAAGCAAUUCUACGCGGCGUGGGCCAGUUUCGCGACCGUAAAGAGCUUCUCAUGGACCGACAAGUAUAGAUUGUCUGAAGCUCCCGACCGCUGGUACCGCCGGCGUAUGGAGCAAGAAAAUGCUCGCAUCAGACAGGACGCGAAGCGUGAAUUUAAUGACGCUGUCAGAUCUCUCGUAGCUUUCAUUCGUAAGCGUGACCCGCGUUACAUUCCGAACACUCAGUCGGAGCAAGAACGACAGCAAACCUUACGUGAGGCCGCGAUCGCGCAGGCCAAUCGAGCCCGAGCAGCGAACGCUGCGAAGCUAAACGACGAUAUACCGGAAUGGACCAAGGUAAGAGAGCCAGAUGAGAUGGAGGGAAGCUUAGAGGAGGAGGAAGAGGAGGAACCACUGGAAGUACUGGAGUGCGUGGCUUGCAAUAAAAUCUUUAAGAGCGAGAAGCAAUGGGAGGCGCAUGAGAAAAGCAAAAAGCACCAAAAAGCCUUGCGUGCUUUGCAGCACAAGAUGCGAAAAGAAAAUUUGAAUCUGGAUCUGGAGGAUGAGGGACUUGAUCCUGAUGCAGACUACGUGCUUGAAGAAGGAGACGAGAUCCACGAUGGAAAAGCAGAGGACGAGCUCCUAGAAGGCGAAAAUGGAGCUCUCGAUGUCGAAACAGAGAUCAGUCCAAAGGAAAAAGCACAGGGGAAAGGUGACGCUUUAGAUCAUGAGACCGACUCGGCAGACGAAGACUACGCAUCCCUCGAAAUAAUACAAGCGCGAAUGAAAGCCGCUAUCUUAGAAGAUUCAGACGAGGGAGGAUCCCAAUCAUCCAAGCCGAAGAUGGGCAAAGCUGCGCAGAAGAGAGCGAAGAAGGCUGCAGCAUCAGCAGCGGCACAGAAAGUCGAAUCGACAAACCAAUGCGAGGUGUGCAAUGAAACAUUUGCAUCCCGAUCGACGCUCUUUAAACAUAUCAAGGACGAAGGUCAUGCCGCUUUGAAGUCCGUCGCUAAUGGCGGC